AUGGAUGCUAGGCACUACUAUUGGGAUGAGCCUUACUUGUACAAGAGAGGACCAGAUAGCAUUUACAGGAGAUGCAUAGCUGAAGAAGAUGUACAAGGAGUUCUAGAGCAUUGCCAUGGGUCUGCUUAUGGAGGUCACUUUGCUACAUUCAAAACCGCAACUAAGGUUUUGCAAUCUGGUUUAUGGUGGCCUACUUUGUUCAAGGAUGCAGCAAGUUACAUCGCCAAGUGUGAUCCAUGCCAAAGGAAAGGAGGGAUCACCAAGAGGGAUGAAAUGCCACUAAACCCAAUUCUAGAAGUUGAGAUCUUUGAUGUAUGGGGAAUAGACUUCAUGGGACCUUUCAAACCUUCCUCAAACGGGCACAACUACAUUUUGGUUGCUGUGGACUAUGUGUCCAAAUGGAUUGAAGCCAUCCCCUGCCCAGCCUGUGAUGCCAAGGUUGUUAUCAAACUGUUCAGAACCAUCAUCUUUCCAAGAUAUGGCAUCCCAAGGGUUGUUAUUUCGGAUGGAGGUUCCCAUUUCAUCAACAAGGUGUUUGAGAAGUUGAUGAAGAGUUAUGGAGUCAAGCACAAGGUCGCUACACCCUAUCACCCUCAAACCAGUGGGCAAGUUGAGGUCUCCAACAGACAGAUUAAAGGCCAUAUUGGAGAAGACUGUGAGCUUCACUAG